UCGGAUUGCUGUGUGGAUCGUUUGCACGAAUAAUUUGGAGCGAGUGUUUCAACCUUUUUCGUUCAUCCUUUUUACAAUUCCGUGACUUUCUCUAACAAAAGGCGCCUUACUUCCUUUUAUUUAUUUAUUUUUUUUCCAUAGUGUGUGCUCUGCUGUUAAAGAGGAGUGGUAAUAUCCACCCAAGUUGUCAAAUACUUCGUAUCAUAAAUAUUUAGGUGUUAUUUUUCUCUUUUUGUUAAGGAUUUUUUUUUACUUUUGAGUUUUGAAUUUUAAAAAGAAAAUAAGAUAUUUUCAAAACUUUUGAUGGCUGAUACUGCUGGAAAGGAUUAAGUGCGCUGGAUCAGGAUGUAUGAUUUUCCGGAAAUACAAUUUAGAUUUUCAACUACCACCGUAAAACACGAAAUCGACAGUCCAACCGAUUAUUCGGUUCUGGCUCCAUACCAGUUGCCAGGUUCUGACAAUGAAUGAUUACAUCAAUAGGGGAUACGACGAACCAAAAAUAGGAUCCCACUUCGGUGCCUAUUACUUAGUACGUAUAAAUGAACAUCCCCGACUAGGAGGUACACCACUUGCUAUGCUCGCCGCCCAAUGCAACAAACUUGCAAGCAAGAGUCCACCACCUCUUGCAGAUGCUGCAGUUGGUAAAGGAUUCCAAGGAUUUCACCCGUGGAAAAAAGGUGGAAGUCAACCAACAUCAUCUCCUAGUGCUCAUCCUCUAACUACUCAACGAGUUACUACAUUAGCAAACAGCACGGCUUCUUCUCAUCUGAACUAUCAACGACCCACAGUCACUUCAGCCUGCAGUUCAGCCUCGUACGGUGGGGAGAACAUUUUCUAUCCCGGACCUGCUGUCACGUCACCGCAGGGAGAUAGUGCUCAAGGUCCACUCAUCGGUAAAGUUCACGGUGACUCUUCCAAUUUAGGAAGUAUGUACUCGAGAGUGGCCUCUCACCCAUAUGAAAGUUGGGCAUUCAACGCAAUGAAUGUUGCUGCCGGACCUCAUGGACCUAUAAAAACUGAGGUGUCUUCGGUCAACACUCUGAAUUCCACAUCUUGGUGGGACAUGCAUGCCGCAUCCGGUGCCGGUACCUGGCUGGACAUGUCCGGUUCGGAUGCCGUACGCAGCCUUCAUUCUCAGUUCCCUGCCAACUAUCCAACGUCAGAUUAUGGACUAGGACCCAGCCUGGUAGCUUCUAAUAAUGCUCAUCUUCUGUCAUCCGGUCAACAUCUUCUGCAAGACACUUACAAAUCUAUGCUUCCGUCAGCUCAGGGCCCUCCCGUGGGUGGACCCUUCGCCCUUAGUCAGCCCAGUCUGCCUCAUAUGUCGCCGCCCCGGUCACAGCGGCGUUAUAGCGGCAGGGCCACCUGUGAUUGUCCUAACUGCCAGGAGGCGGAAAGGUUGGGACCGGCAGGAGCUCAUCUCAGGAAGAAGAAUAUUCACAGCUGCCACAUUCCGGGCUGCGGCAAAGUCUACGGUAAAACGUCCCACCUGAAGGCCCACCUCAGGUGGCACACGGGCGAAAGGCCUUUUGUGUGCAAUUGGCUGUUUUGCGGCAAACGUUUCACGCGGUCCGACGAACUGCAACGGCAUUUGCGAACGCACACUGGAGAGAAAAGAUUUGUGUGCCCGAACUGCGGCAAACGUUUCAUGCGUUCAGAUCACCUCGCCAAGCACGUCAAAACGCAUAACGGGAGUGAGAAAAAGUGUACAAGUGGUAGUGAAUGUGAUUCGGAAGAAAACAGCCAACCAGAAGGAAAUAAUGUUAAUUCUCCGGGUUUAGUAGGUACACCACCUUUAGGACCUCCCAAUGGGCCGAUGGGUCCUGAGGUAACUGCUAAGUGAGAUUGUAUAGUACUAAUAAAUAAAUAAAAAAAAGCUGUGAGUGCGUGAACUAUAUUUGUACAUUAUUGUACACAGACUCCCUUGACCACUAGAGCUUUUUUCAAUUGUGUUUUCCUCUUGUUUGCUGCAAUGUAUAUUACUAAACUGAAGUGGCCAAAAAUAUUGAGACGUCACCACUUGUAUAUUUUCAAGACUAUCUCCAGAAGAACAAUUUUUUUUUCUAAUUGUUCCUAAUAUAUGUUUUUUAUUUACUUGAAAUUUGAGAGAAAGUUGUAAUUACAAUGUAUUGUAUAAAUGAAUUACAAAAUUUGAUAAAAAUUACCGCAUGCGUUUGUAAGAAUGUUUCAUUGAAAUUGAGAAAUUGGAUUAAAUUUUUAAGCAGUAGGGGAAAUUAUUCUGACAAAAAAAUUGGUACAGCUCAGAAUUUUUAUGAAAAAAAAGAAAGAUCUGCUUAAAAAUGAAUAGUGUACAAAUGUGAAAAAGACCAUGUCAUGAAAUUCUGGAGAUGGUCUUUGUAAACUGUAUAUUGUGUACGUAUGUAAAUGCGUGUGCUUGUGCAUGAGAAGCUUUCGGAGUCCCAAAAUUAGGACAUCCUAAAUGUGUUUUUAAUGUGUUUCAAAAUUCAUUUCCUGUGACACCUAUGGAUUGAAUUUCGAAGUGAAUAAAAAUUGAAUGAUUCAUCCAUGUCUGUAUUCAUGCUAAUAAAUUGCCGGAUUGUACAAGAUUCUUUAAAAUUCAGUGUGCACAAGUAACUAGGUGUUAUUACAAAUUCAUGAAAUAAAAUGUUUUGUUUAUGAA